AUGGAUCCCCAGUUGACCACCACAACGCAGCGACGGAAAGAAUUACAUACAGAUGAAGAUAAAGAAGAAUUUCAGCUCGAUUCCUUGAAUAAAGAUCAUCCUACCGAUCAGGAACAUACGACGGCAGAGUCACUUAGUCCCAAAGACUACGGCAACUUUACUUUACUUGUCAUUCUAUAUUUACUCCAAGGUGUCCCUGUUGGUUUGUCGUUUGGUUCCAUCCCUUUUCUUUUAAAGUCACAACUCUCCUACUCUCAAAUUGCCGUUUUUUCCCUCUCUUCCUGGCCAUACUCCCUCAAAUUGUUAUGGUCACCUAUUGUCGAUGCGAUCUAUACUCCUUCGCUGGGACGACGAAAAUCGUGGAUUGUUCCUAUUCAAAUUCUGACCGGGUUUCUGUUCUUUUGGCUGGGCGGAAAUAUCGAUGCCAUGAUGUCGGCCGAGCAUAUUCCCAUCUAUGAACUGACAGUUUCCUUUUUGAUUACCAUCUUCUUUUGUGCCACGCAGGACAUUGCCGUCGACGGAUGGGCAUUAACCUUACUUUCCAAAGAAAGUCUCUCAUACGCUUCCACGGCUCAGACCAUUGGUUUGAACACGGGCUAUUUCCUUUCUUUCACGGUCUUUCUUGCAUUCAACUCUUCCGAAUUCAGUAACAAGUACCUGCGCAUCGUUCCUCAAGACACUGGUGUCUUGUCUCUCGGCGCUUACAUGAAAUUUUGGGCAUUCAUGUAUCUUGUCAUUACUGCUUGGCUUGUCAUUGUAAAGAAAGAGGAUGAAGCCCAUUCAGAAGAUGACGAUCUAGGCGUGAAAACAGUCUACACGACCAUUUGGAAAAUCUGCAAAUUGCCUCAUUUGCGCUCCUUUAUUAUGGUACUGCUGGUGUCCAAGCUGGGCUUCAUUUGCCAUGAAGCAGUGACGUCUUUGAAACUGCUGGAAAAAGGCUUUCAAAAGGAAGAUUUGGCUUUGGCGGUCCUGCUCGAUUUUCCGUUGCAGGUUUUCUUUGGCUAUUAUGCGGCAAAGUGGUCUAAUGGAGCGCGUCCGUUGAAACCCUGGCUUUAUGCAUUUUAUGGUCGUUUGCUCUUUUCUGGAUUGGGCAUGCUGGUCGUUGCUGCAUAUCCAGAGGGCAAAGACAUUGGAUUCAUGUACUUUGGUGUUAUUCUCGCUUCAACCGUUCUCAGCUCGUUCAUGUCCACGGUUCAAUUCGUGAGCAUCUCUGCCUUUAUGACCAGUAUCGCCGAUCCUUAUAUCGGCGGCACCUACAUGACCCUAUUGAAUACAUUCAGUAACUUUGGUGGUACUUGGCCCAAAUUCUUUGUUUUGGAGGCGGUCGAUUACUUCACCGUUGGUACUUGUUCUAUGCCCAAUGAGCAACAAAAUGCCUUUUCUUGCAUAUCCGAAGAGGGAAAGAGCUUGUGCAAAGAACUGGGCGGUACAUGUAUGGUUCAGCAAGACGGCUAUUACAUCGUUGGCACGGUCAGUGUGGCGCUCGGUCUUGCCAUGCUGUUGUUCUAUAUUCGCCCUACUGUACAACGAUUGGAAACGAUAUCCAAGCGUCUUUGGCGCUUAAAACAAUAA